AUGGCUGGGAUCCACAGAAGUGCUGGGACCUUGAUUAUCCACUCUCAGGAUGGUGAACUUGCCUUCAAUCAAGGUGUACCAGUCCUGUACAGCAAUUCAUCAGGGGCUCACACCAUUUCAAGUGAUCCUCAACAUUUCAAGAGGACAAAGCACAUUGACAUUGCUCACUUCUUCCUGCAAGAUGAGGUUGCAAGCCAGCAACUCACAGUUGCUCCAGUCCAGAGUAGUGAGAACAUUGCUGAUAUACUGACUAAGCUGCUCACAGCACUGACACUCAUGCACAUUUGGGAGCUAUUUGGCUUGAUGACGUUGAAGGAGCCCACUGGAUCGAGAGGCUGA